CCGCUCCGUGCCUCCUCCCCUCCGUGACCUCGCCGUGACCUCUGGCGGCACUGACCACCACGUAGUGACCCCGGCCAGUGAGGUGUGAGGUCACCUCCCUCUCCCCUCAUGUUCCCUCACUCUCACUCCCCCUCGCCACGUCUCCUCACUUGUUGGGAGAGUGUGAGAAGUGAGUGAGAGAUUAGGGGGUAGGCGGAGCCCCAGCCCCCUCCCCUACGGACCACUCUGGGCCACUCUGGACCACUCUGGGCCACUCUGGACCACUCUGGACCACAGUUCGCAGGACCGCCCCCCCCUUUUUGGUGUAAGGGGAAAAAGCAAGACCUAAGAGGAUCAAGCAACACGCUUUUUUGUGUUUCAGUGUUUUGUGUUCGUUGGUGUCAGUGUGUUCUGGUAGCGAGAGACCUCGGUGUACUGUAUGGUGUUAGCGAGAGACCUCGGUGUACUGUAUGGUGUUAGCGAGAGACCUCGGUGUACUGUAUGGUGUUAGCGAGAGACCUCCGUGUACUGUAUGGUGUUAGCGAGAGACCUCCGUGUACUGUAUGGUGUUAGCGAGAGACCUCCGUGUACUGUAUGGUGUUAGCGAGAGACCUCGGUGUACUGUAUGGUGUUAGCGAGAGACCUCCGUGUACUGUAUGGUGUUAGCGAGAGACCUCCGUGUACUGUAUGGUGUUAGCGAGAGACCUCGGUGUACUGUAUGGUGUUAGCGAGAGACCUCCGUGUACUGUAUGGUGUUAGCGAGAGACCUCGGUGUAUUGUGAGGUGUUAGCGAGAGCCCUCGGUACACUGUGUUGCUAGCGAGAGACCUCGGUGUAUUGUGAGGUGUUAGCGAGAGCCCUCGGUACACUGUGUUGCUAGCGAGAGACCUCGGUGUAUUGUGAGGUGUUAGCGAGAGCCCUCGGUACACUGUGUUGCUAGCGAGAGAGCUCGCAAGACGGGCGGGCGGCAGGGACGGUGUGGGACUCGCUAGUGAUGUAGCGAGUUACAGGAGACAACAGCGAGAGCGUGAGGCUACAGGGACGCCAUGAGCACCACAGGGACAACACCCGUGUCCCAGGGGCGCCCUCGCCUGCCCUGGUAGCUGCUGCAGCGCCCUCCAUGGCCCUCAGGGCCCGCAGGGAAGCCCCUGGGGGACCCGCGUCCUCCCUCAGGGGGCUAAGCCGCCAAAAGGGCCACGUUGAUAUGCUUCGGACUGUGACCUAUCCGGCUGCGUCCCCUGUGACCUAUCCGGCCCGGGACACUGGCCGGACCACAGGUGGCCGGGGACGCAGACCUCCCCCAGAGGGCCGGGGGCGCAGACCUUCCCCAGGGGGCGUCGCAGAAGAGGGGAAAAGGACCCCUUAUUACAUCCGGCGCCGUCGGGGUCCUUAUUUACUGUUGCCUGUUACAGCCGGCUGCCUGGGCCGCCUCCUGGUGGCCAGGAGACGACGUGGCCUCCUGGAGGCAGAACACAGCGACCUCCUGAAGGAAGGACACAGCGGCCUGCUGAAGGCAGACCACAAGAACCUCCUGAAAGCAGGACGCCGCCGCAGAAGCCUGCUGCUCCUGCUACUGCUGCUCCUGCUGGAGGCGACGCCCCUGACCCACGCCGGCAAGGCAGACAAGGUCAAGAUGGUUGACAUCCCCGGCGACGUCAUAUUCGGCGGCAUGUUCCCCAUGCACGAGCGCGGCGUCAACGAGCCCUGCGGCUCCAUCAAGGAGGAGAAGGGCAUCCAGCGCAUGGAGGCCAUGCUCUACGCCCUCGACAAGAUCAACCAGGACCCCGUCCUUCUGCCCAACAUCACCCUCGGGGCUCUCAUCCUCGACACCUGCUCCUCUGAUACCUACGCCCUCGAGCAGUCUAUGGAGUUCUUCAAGUCGUCUAUCAAUCAGGUGAGAGAGGAGCGGGGAUUGACGAUUGAUUGAGAUUGACGUCUCCCAUCUACUCCUCGGAAGGGGGGUAGUCGGGGGACAUCAAUCUCUAUAUUAGUUGAUGGUG